CAGAAUUAGGGAUAUGGGUUCUGGAGAAAUUGAUGUAUUGGAGAGUGGGUUAUUGUUACCAGAUUCAAGAACUGAAGAUGAGGAUGAGGAGAGGGUGGUUUUAUAUUCAGCUUCAUUUGCAGAAAUGGAGGAAAUUUAUGUGAAAUAUCAAACGAUUCAAUGGGUUUUAUAUUCAUUGCUGUUAGUGUUAGCAUGGGGGAUUGGAUUGUUCAUGUUGAUUUACAUACCAAUUAGAAGAUAUAUCCUUAGAGCUGAAUUUCGGUCUAGAAUGCUUUAUAUUACACCUAAUUCCAUUGUUUAUAAGGUUGUAAAGCCAGUUGCUUUCCCAUGUUUUGGAGUGUUGAAGAAAGAAAAGCACAUUUUACUUCCUUCAAUUGCUGACAUUGUCAUUGAACAAGGAUAUCUGCAGUCGUAUUUUGGUGUGUAUUCAAUUAGAAUUGAGAAUGCAAGUGUAAGGAGAUCCUCGAGUGAUGAUGUUCAUAUCCAUGGCGUUGCGAACCCGAGGGAGUUCAGAAAGGUUGUUUUAACACAUCUUGCAAACUUGAAGAGGGAGACUGCAUUGACGUCCCACGGGUCUCCAUCGAGAACUCCCAGGACUGGGAUUAUUCCUUCAUCAGGAGAACUUAUACUGCAGAAACUGGAGGAGGUCGGAAGCUCUGUAAAGAGGGUUGAAAAUAUAAUUGAGGAGCAAAAGCAUCCCAAAUCGCAACCUGUAGACUGAAGACACUGGAAUUUGCAAUUACCUGCUAUUGUAUGUAAAUAAAGCUUGCGUCAUGGAGUUCUGAGUCGGUUCCUCAAGUCUUUUUACGAAGAGAGUUUACAGUGCUGGUGGAGCUUUUGUUAUUUACAUUAUUUGCAACUGAGAUGACAUCGGAAUAAGCUUAUUCCUGUAUCUUGAUGUUUCUCUGGGUUGUGGUAUGUCGUAGUACUUCUUAUCAAUCAAUAAAAUAAAUUCCCGGAAUGUGUUUGUUUUGUGUGGA